UCAAUGGAGGUCAUUGCAUUUUUGUGCAUUUUCUAAAAAAAUAGAGAAGAUUUGAAUACGUUUUCACAGAAAUUGAAUGUUUUAUUAAAAUGUAAUUUACUUUACGGAACAAGUUUAUAUAAAUUGAAACCUUAAGAAUGGCCGACCAAUUUUGUUUACGCUGGAACAAUUUUCAAUCGAAUAUUGUGAGUGCAUUGGAUUCCUUAAAAUGUUCUGAAGAUUUAGUUGAUGUGACGCUUACUUGUGAAGGUAGAAAUAUCAAGGCCCACAAAGUCAUUUUGUCAGCGUGCAGUCCGUACUUCAGGAAUGUGUUCAAGGAAAACCCAUGUCAGCAUCCAGUGAUCAUUUUGAAAGAUGUGUCUGCAGAUGAUAUUGUGAGCUUGUUGUCAUACAUGUACCAAGGUGAAGUUUUCAUUGAAGAGAGUAAAUUGUCUUCAUUUCUUCACACUGCUGCCUUAUUGCAAGUGAAAGGACUUACUGGAGUAACUCAACAGAAAGAAAACUUUACAUCACCUAAUACAUCAAACAAACUAUACACUCAGUUAACAAUUUCAUCAAGACCACACCACAAUGCCUCCCACAAGGAUGCAAAGUUACCAGGACUAAAGAAACGCAGAAGCAGCACUUCAGACAAGCCAAAUGAUGUGUCAGUCGGUGACAGUUACAAAAAAACCAAGGUCCUGGAUACAUGUGAUAUUCCUAGAUUAAACAAUUUUUCACAAUCUUCCAAAAUUGACAAUGUGCUUCCUGUUGAAAACAAUGUUGACAAGAAAUGUGAUGGAAAAAAUGACUCUCCACUAAUAACUGCCAAUGGGAAAAGUACAUCAUCUCAGGUGCAUGAUUGUUCAAUACCAAUGAAAACUGAAGUCCUUGAUGAUAAUUCAACUGAAUUAUCAACUGCCAUUCUAUCAGAACAAGAUGACAGCCUUCCAGAUUAUGAAAACAGCAUGCUUGCAAGGUCAUUGUUAUCAGGAAUUAAUCCUUCAAAAAGUGACAGUGCCAGUAAUUUAUCAGGAAAAAAACCAGUUAAUAUUGGAGAAAUAGGUCCCAGUAGAUCAAAAGAUUCAAACACUGAAACUGUUUCACACAAUAAUUCAUCUAGGAGUCCAAUAAAAAACACAUCUGAUGAAGUACAAGUAAAACCAGAAAGACAGUCACCAAAAUCUGAUGUGGAGUAUGAACCAGAAGUACUUCUCUCUGAACACCAAGAUGGUGAUACAGAGAACACAUAUAAUCAAGAACAAUCGCAGGCUUUAUUACUACUUGCUGGCAUGUCCACUGUACCAGGUUUGGGAGGUGGAGCAUCAACAUCGCAAAUAAUGUCCCACCAACAAUCUAACCAUGCUGCUAUUUGUGGGGAUUGCCCACAUUGUGGAAUGAAAUAUUCUAAUCAGUCAGCACUCAAAUAUCAUGUAAGGUUAAUGCAUUCAGAUUUAACGAAUAGAUUGUGUUGCUAUCUGUGUCCAAGAUCGUUCACAAUGCGUGAAACUUUUAAGGAGCACAUGUGGACAAGUCAUGGUCAAAGAAACUAAUUAUUUAAAUUAUUAUGGUCUUAUAUUACGUGCCUUAGCCUCAGUCCCUUGUCAAUUAGGACAAGCCACUAUAUAAGUAAAAUAUUUUUAAAAUGUGCCUUGUUAAUAAAGUAUUGGCAAUGAAAUCAUAGUGAUUGUUGUCAAUUUUGUUGAAAGUGUUUUCGGCCAUCUAAUGUUAACUAGAAAGAAAACACCUUUAAAAUGAGGAACGAUAUUUAUAGGUAAAUUGCUGAGUACAGGAAUGUUCGAGUAUUUUUAUAUAC